CGUAGCCUCCACAGGCUCCUGAUCCACAGGCUCCUAGGUGACUGGCAGCAGCUGGGUCUCACGCACUCCCAAUUCCAGCGUGGAAAGUGAUCCUGCUGGAGACCUGAGACCAUAGGCCACAGAGAGGAAGUCCAUCUGGGCGGCCCAGGCAGAGGAAUUCCUGGAAGGAAGCUCACAUCUCAGGAAUCUGCUCCAGAGACUGCAAGGAUGCUGACUGUCCCGGAAAUGGGCCUACAAGGGCUGUAUAUCAGCUCUAGUCCGGAGAGAUCCCCAGUACCCAGCCCACCUGGCUCCCCGAGGACCCAAGAGAACUGUGGCAUUGCCCCCCUCACCCCUUCACAGUCUCCAAAGCCAGAGGCCCGUGCUCCACAGCAGGCCUCCUUCUCUGUGGUCGUAGCCAUCGACUUCGGGACCACAUCCAGUGGCUAUGCCUUCAGCUUUUCCAGUGACCCUGAAGCCAUCCACAUGAUGAGGAAAUGGGAGGGGGGAGACCCAGGCGUGGCCCACCAGAAGACCCCGACUUGUCUGCUGCUGACCCCGGAGGGUGUCUUUCACAGUUUCGGCUACACUGCCCGUGACUACUACCACGACCUAGACCCCGAGGAGGCUCGGGACUGGCUCUACUUUGAGAAGUUUAAGAUGAAGAUCCACAGUGCCACUGAUCUCACCUUGAAGACCGAGCUAGAGGCCGUAAAUGGGAAGAAGAUGCUGGCCCUGGAGGUGUUCGCCCACGCCCUCCGCUUCUUCAAGGAGCACGCUCUUCAGGAGCUGAGGGAGCAGAGCCCCUGCAUGCUCGAGAGGGACACUGUGCGCUGGGUGCUGACAGUGCCUGCCAUCUGGAAACAGCCGGCUAAGCAGUUCAUGAGGGAGGCUGCCUACCUGGCUGGCCUGGUGUCUCGAGAGGAUGCAGAAAAACUCCUCAUUGCUCUGGAGCCUGAGGCUGCCUCUGUCUACUGCCGAAAACUUCGCCUGCACCAGCUCCUGGACCUGAGUAGCCGGACUGUAGGCGGUGGGCGCCUGGGUGAGCGCAGGUCCAUUGACUCCAGCUUUCGACACGCCCGGGAGCAGCUGCGGAGGUCUCGCCACAGCCGAACGUUCCUGGUGGAGUCUGGUGUGGGAGAAUUGUGGGCAGAGAUGCAAGAAGGAGACCGCUACAUGGUGGCAGACUGUGGAGGUGGUACUGUGGACCUGACCGUACACCAGCUGGAGCAGCCUCACGGUACCCUCAAGGAGCUCUACAAGGCUUCUGGCGGCCCUUAUGGCGCAGUAGGGGUGGACCUGGCCUUUGAGCAGCUGCUCUGCCGCAUAUUCGGAGAGGACUUCAUCGCCAAAUUCAAAAGGCAACGGCCAGCAGCCUGGGUGGAUCUAACCAUUGCCUUCGAGGCCCGCAAGCGCACUGCAGGCCCACACCGAGCCGGAGCACUCAACAUCUCGCUUCCCUUCUCUUUCAUUGACUUCUACCGCAAACAGCGAGGCCACAACGUGGAGACGGCCCUGCGUAGGAGCAGUGUGAACUUUGUGAAGUGGUCCUCACAGGGGAUGCUCCGGAUGUCCUGUGAGGCUAUGAACGAGCUGUUCCAGCCCACAGUCAGUGGGAUCAUCCAACACAUAGAGACAUUGCUGGCAAGGCCUGAGGUACAGGGCGUGAAGUUGCUAUUCCUGGUGGGCGGCUUUGCAGAGUCGGCUGUGCUGCAGCAUGCAGUACAGACAGCACUGGGCACCCGUGGCCUGCGCGUUGUGGUCCCGCACGACGUGGGUCUCACCAUCCUCAAGGGAGCAGUGCUCUUUGGCCAGGCACCCGGUGUGGUGCGGGUGCGCCGCUCCCCUCUCACUUACGGCGUGGGCGUGCUCAACCGUUUUGUGCCUGGUCACCACCCACCUGAGAAAUUGUUGGUUCGGGAUGGGCGCCGCUGGUGCACUGAUGUCUUUGAGCGCUUCGUUGCAGCAGAGCAGUCGGUGGCCCUGGGAGAGGAGGUGCGGCGCAGCUACUGCCCUGCGCGCCCCGGCCAGCGGCGCGUGCUCAUCAAUCUGUACUGCUGCGCUGCGGAGGACGCACGCUUCAUCACUGACCCUGGCGUGCGCAAGUGUGGCGCACUCAGCCUGGAGCUUGAGCCUGAAGGCUGCCCGGAAAACACAGGCACGCCCCCCAACCGCCGUGAGAUCCGUGCUGCCAUGCAGUUUGGCGACACGGAGAUUAAGGUCACUGCUGUGGAUGUCAGCACUAAUCGUUCUGUGCGGGCGGCCAUUGACUUUCUUUCCAAUUAAGGGUGCCCUUUCAUUGGGGACAGAAGAACAUGCUAGUUUUCACAGCGGCGCCCCUUUCUCCCCACCCUGAGAGAAAUGUGGUAAGGACACAUGGA